CCACCGGAGCGGGAGAGAAGCCCAGCCAGAGCACUCUGGAUUGACAGCAGGACCUGCCCGCGCCUGCGCCGUAGCCCGCGCGCCGGUGGAGGACCGCCGCCAGGGGGCGCCCAGGCGCUGCGCGGCCGCUCCGUCUCCUCCUCCGCUCGCUCCACGCCCCUCGCUCCCCGGGCGAGCAGAGAAGGCGGAAGUGGGGCGGCCGCGGCGGGGCUCGGGCUCCGGGCGGCCCGGGGACGGGGCGGCGGCGGCCUUGGGGCCGGGAUUGGCGUCCAGGCCGCCUCGGCUCGGAGGGCGGUGCCCGUCGUCUCCCCGCGCCUUGGCUGAGCGCGGUCGUGCGCCGGGUGGAGUCGGCGGCCCAGCGGACGAGAGCGGUGAGUCUCCUUCGGACGUCUCCCGGCGGCCGCGGCCUCUCUCCCUGCAGAGCAGUUGAUAAACACGUUACUAUGAGUCUGCUACACUGUGAAAACAGCUGUGGAUCCAGCCAGUCUGAAAGUGACUGCUGUGCGGCUAUGGCCAGCUCCUGUUGCGCUGCAGCAAAAGAUGACAGUGUGAGCGGGACUGCCAGCACGGGGCAUCUCUCCAGCUCUUUCAUGGAAGAGAUCCAGGGGUACGAUGUGGAGUUUGACCCACCCCUGGAAAGCAAGUAUGAGUGCCCCAUCUGCUUGAUGGCAUUACGGGAAGCAGUGCAAACACCAUGUGGCCAUAGGUUCUGCAAAGCCUGCAUCAUCAAGUCAAUAAGGGAUGCAGGUCACAAAUGUCCAGUUGACAAUGAAAUACUGCUGGAAAAUCAGUUAUUUCCUGACAAUUUUGCAAAGCGAGAGAUUCUUUCUCUGAUGGUGAAGUGUCCAAAUGGAGGUUGUUUGCACAAGAUGGAACUGAGGCAUCUUGAGGAUCAUCAAGCACAUUGUGAGUUUGCUCUUAUGAAUUGUCCCCAAUGCCAACGUCCCUUCCAAAAAUGCCAACUUAAUAUUCACAUUCUCAAGGAGUGUCCGAGGAGACAGGUUUCUUGUGUAAACUGUGCUGUAUCGAUGGCAUUUGAAGAUAAAGAGAUCCAUGACCAGAACUGUCCUUUGGCUAAUGUCAUCUGUGAAUACUGCAAUACCGUGCUCAUCAGAGAACAGAUGCCUAAUCACUAUGAUCUAGACUGCCCUACAGCCCCAAUUCCAUGCACAUUCAGUACUUUCGGUUGCCAUGAAAAGAUGCAGAGGAAUCACUUGGCCCGCCACCUGCAAGAGAAUACCCAGUCGCACAUGAGAAUGUUGGCCCAGGCCGUUCAGAGUUUAAGCCUUGCUGUAGCUCCCGUACCUCAACGCGAUAUGCUUCCAUAUGAAUCUCCCUCUCUUCCCCGGGUUUCCUCUGGGUGUCACCCAGAGGUCCAGAAUUUCCAAGAAACCAUUCAACAGUUAGAGGGUCGCCUUGUAAGACAAGACCAUCAAAUCCGGGAGCUGACUGCAAAAAUGGAAACUCAGAGCAAUUAUGUAAGUGAGCUCAAACGAACUAUUCGAACCCUUGAGGACAAAGUUGCUGAAAUAGAAGCACAGCAAUGCAAUGGGAUUUACAUCUGGAAGAUUGGCAACUUUGGCAUGCACUUGAAAUCUCAAGAAGAGGAGAAACCAGUUGUCAUUCAUAGCCCUGGAUUCUACACAGGCAAACCUGGCUACAAACUUUGCAUGCGCCUGCACCUCCAGUUACCAACCGCUCAGCGCUGUGCAAACUAUAUAUCCCUCUUUGUCCACACGAUGCAAGGAGAGUAUGACAGCCACCUCCCUUGGCCCUUCCAGGGUACAAUACGCCUUACAAUUCUUGAUCAAUCUGAAGCACCUGUAAGACAGAACCAUGAAGAGAUAAUGGAUGCCAAACCAGAGCUGCUUGCCUUCCAGAGACCCACAAUCCCACGGAACCCAAAAGGUUUUGGCUAUGUGACUUUUAUGCACCUAGAAGCCCUAAGACAAAGAACCUUCAUUAAGGAUGAUACUUUAUUAGUACGCUGUGAGGUCUCUACCCGCUUCGACAUGGGUAGUCUUCGGAGGGAAGGUUUUCAGCCACGAAGUACUGAUACAGGGGUAUAGCAUCCCCUCAUUUGUU